CCUCGGGGCACUCAGUAGUUUAUUUGCUCUGGAGGUUUUCUGAGAGGUGCACAUCAGCUUUAGGAGAGUUUGUUCUGCCUGUUGUCUGUCAUCAUGUGCUGCCUGCUGGCUGGAUGCUGUGGAUUUGCACUGAUCAGUCUUUCAGUGGCCAUCAAUACCUCAGUGAUCACCCAGUUACCCCGCGUCAUCCGCAAGAAAGCCAGCCAAAGUCUGUCUAUUAACUGCCGUUUUAAUAUAAUGACGGCAACACAUGUAGAGUGGUACAAGGCCUCUUCGUUUGACGCAGAUGAAAAUGAACGGACCAAAGUAACAGCAGGUGGCAGGAUUGAUAUUUUUGCUGGCAAUCAGACAAAACACCCCUCCCUCUACUUCAGUCAUCUGAAUAAGGAGGACAGUGGAGCAUAUUUCUGCAAGACAGAUGAUAAAUGGGGAACUGGAACUGAAGUGGAAGUUGUCACAUACACGAAUGUGGUGGACAGAGUGAACAGGAGCAAUAUAAAGGACGGUCUGAUUAUUUUCCAGGCCAUACUGUUGGCCAUGUUUCUUGCUGCUGCACUGCUACGCAACCAACAACUGACUGAAAAGAAGGAGAGUGACUAUGAUGAGCCUCAAACUGAUCACAUCUAUGAGGGUUUGGCGAUCGAGACAACUGGUAAGGAUCUGUAUGAGGACCUCUGUCUUUACGCCCAGGCUGAAGAAACUGAGGCCCCCUGGAAGUGAGACAGUCCACCGCUGAGCUGUGCCUCACUGUGUCUGCAGAUGCAGAAGGACUUCUUGGGUGUUACAAAUGUGUUUGGUGGAACAGUGGAACUGAUGU